CAUAUCCGAGCAAGAUCAGCUUGAUGCAGUCCUUCCAGCCAGCUGGCAGAUGUCAGCUCAUAUUCCCUCUCUUCGUGGCUAAAGUUUCCCAAAUUUCAGAAGCAAAGCAGGAAUCAGGAUAGACGAGCAGUCCGCGAAUCCUAGCACUACCGAAGACAUUCCCCUUCCUCAAGAGUGGGCGGAGCUUCAAGCUGCAUCAAUCCACCAUUUGAACCAUUGAAGCACCCGACGCGCUCCUUGACGUAUCAGACGGCGGUCUUUAAUUUUAAAACGGCCGAGUUUGUGCUUUUUGACUGCACACAAUUUCUAGCUUACCAGUCAACCUUAACCCAUUGCCAUUCUCACUCCACCUUCGCAACUUUCAGUGAGCUGACCUCCCUUUCUGUGCCUCUGACUUUAUCAGGCCUGAUCGCCACUGCUCAUCUUUUGCUUCUACCUCCAUACAAUUUCCGCCACAUCUUUUAAUGGCGCAACCUUCCCACUCCGAGAUCCCAAUCGCUAGCGCCGCCCCCCCUCCGGCGGCAUACGGUGAGAACUACAAGCAGGAGAAGCAGUAUACGGAAUAUGCAACGCCUCCGUAUGGCCAACAGUACCCCCCCCAAGCGGUGCCGAUUGCGCAAGGGCAGCCAGCAUAUUAUGCACCUCAAGGGCAGGGUUAUUAUCCCGGUCAAUCAAUGCCUGGUGGAGGCGCAUACCCCCCGCAACAGCCGAGCGCUUUCCAUGUGGUUCAGGUGCCGCCGCACCAGCCGUCUCGCAACCAGCACUGCUGCGCAACCCCUGACUGGAUCUUCUUCAUUCUUGGAUGGAUAUUUGGUAUUUUCUGGCCUAUCGGGGCCCUGCUUCCGCUUUGCCGCACACCCAAGUUUGCAAACCCCACAGUCAAGGCGGGCUGGGUUGCCAAUUGCAUCGGGACGGUUCUCCUCAUCGCUGCGAUCAUAGUUAUCAUCGUCGCAAGGCCCAAGUCGGAUGAUCCUUAUUACAGGUACUGACCACGGUUAAGAGGAACCCGCUGUUUACCUAGUCCGGUUAAGCGGCGAUUGAUGGUGGAAAGUGGUCAGAGACGUAGUCCGGAUGCUUCAUUGUUCUGAAGUAAUGACGAGGAGACGCAAAGCUUUGCUGCUAUUCGGGAGAGUAGUGGUCAGAGUGUUGAGAGAGUGUCCGGGGGCCAAUCAGUGCUUGAAGCUGUCGGGUGCUGCCUUUGAUAAGCUUUUAUUCCAGCGUGGCGAUUGCCUGUUGGCGCUUCCGUCAGUCGCUCGAUCAGACCGGCGACUUGUAUAUUGGAUUGAUUAGAUCGUACUUCACAGCCAGGUAGUCCACGUAGCUAGCGACGUCAACUGCAUGGACGUAAUGUCCAGCCAAGAAUCGUUUCCUUACGAUCCGGCCUAGGUUUACAAAACCCAUGUAAGGAAUAGUCGCUUGUAUAGGUGUCGUUGGAGAAGAGUCGGCGAAGAUGCAAUCGACGCGCAUCUUAAGCAUGCCAAUAGAUUGUUGGAUAGCACAUCUUCUAAACCACGUAUCGAUUGCUGGAGCUCACUUGUAAGCUGUCGGAAGCGCCGCCAUCAGGCGUUUACAAUGAACGCAAUCCUGCAAACAAACCAUUGAGCAGUG